CGUGCUCCGGCGGCGCGGCGAGCGCGGCCUCCGCACCAGUGUUGGUUCAGCGGCGGCUCCCCGACGGACACGCGGACCGACGGCUCUCUGCCCUGCCACAGCGUCGCCAUGAGAGUUGGUGCGCGCUUCCUGCUACCUGCGCUGGUGCUGCUGGCGUCGUUGGUAGAGGCCCAAGAUGGCGGCUUCCAGCUUCCCGUGCAGCUCAUCGGCUUCCCUGUCAUCAUCAUGGCGGUGCGCAUCUCCAACUUCAUGAAGAAGCUCGCCUACGCUGUCAACCCCCAUUACAUCUUCACAGAUAUCGCGUAG